AUGGCGAAAUUGAAUUUUCGCCACCUUCUCCUCGUAACGGCCGCUGCUGUCGCCCUCCUCCACCUUCCCUCCGCCGCGCCGGACAUCUCCUCUGACCGCGACGCCCUGCUCGCCCUCCGCUCCGCCGUAGGGGGACGCCCCCUCUUCUGGGACGCCUCCCUCGCCACCCCCUGCUCCUGGGAUGGUGUCACGUGCUCGCCGGGAGGUACCGCUGUCGUGGCCCUCCGCCUUCCGGGAAUGGGCCUCUCCGGCCGUCUCCCGCCGGGCACGGUCGCCAACCUGACGAACCUCCGCACGCUCAGCCUGCGCUACAACGCCCUCUCCGGCCCGCUGCCGGCGGACCUCUUCGCUGCCCUCACAUCUCUUCGGAGUCUCUACCUGCAGCACAACUCGUUCGCUGGCCAAAUCCCGGACUCACUAUUCUCCCUCACGUCCCUCGUCCGCGUCAAUCUGGGCCACAACAAUUUCUCCGGCCCGAUUCCGCCGUCCUUCAACAAUCUAACCCACCUGUCGGCGCUUCAUCUGGAAAACAACCACUUUUCUGGCCCAAUUUCGGACCUAAACCUUACCUUGUCUCAAUUCAACGUCUCCAACAACAACCUGACCGGCCAAAUCCCUGGCGGACUCUCUAAUAACCCCCGGAGCUCGUUCGCCGGAAACUCACUUUGCGGGGUCCCACUCGACCCCUGCAGCACAGGAAACAGAAACAAAAGUCUUUCCGGUGGGGCCAUAGCCGGAAUCGUGAUCGGUUCGGUGGCUGGGCUUUUAUCACUCUUACUGCUCAUAACCUGUUUGCGUAAAUGCUUGAUAGGAAAAAAGGAUGAGAAAAAUGUGGAAAAGGAGAAGGAAUUCGAAAUUCCAGCGACAGAGGGUGGUGGUGGAGAAUUCGAAGUUGGUUUUUUCCCGGUUGCUCCGAAGAAAAAGGAGAGAGUUGAGAGUGACGUGAUCAGCGGCGGGAAGAAGGAUUUGGUUUUCUUGGGGAACACGGGCUGGGAUUUUGACCUGGAGGACUUGUUGAAAGCAUCGGCCGAGGUAUUGGGUAAGGGUGCGUUUGGCACAACAUACAAGGCGGUGCUGGAGACGGGCCUGACGGUGGCGGUGAAGAGGCUGAGGGACGUGGUGGCAGAGGAAAGGGAGUUUAGGGAGAAGAUGGAGGAGAUCGGGAGAUUGAGUCACGAUAAUUUGGUGCCCCUGAGGGCUUAUUACUAUAACAAGGACGAGAAAUUGCUAGUGUACGAUUACUUGCCGAUGGGGAGCCUGUCAGCAUUGUUACAUGGAAAUAAAGAAGUCGGUCGAACAGCAUUGAACUGGGAGACACGAGCCUCAAUUGCCCUGCAUGCGGCCCGAGGAAUCUGUUACAUCCACUCACAGGGCCCGUCUCUAUCCCAUGGCAACAUCAAGUCCUCCAACAUCCUCCUCACGGGCUCCUACAAGGCCCGUGUCUCAGACGUGGGAUUGGGCCAGAUUGCAGGCCCCCAUCGGGCCAGUGGAUAUCGGGCCCCCGAGGUGGUUGACCCCUGCAGAGUCUCUCAGAAAGCUGAUGUGUACAGCUUUGGGGUCAUACUAUUGGAGCUGCUGACGGGGAAUGAGGAGGUGGUGGAGCUGCCGAGAUGGGUGAACUCGACGGUUGAUGUUUUUGACCCGGAGCUCAUGCGCUAUAGUGAUGAUGUGGGUGAGGAUAUGGCUCAACUGUUGAAGCUGGCGCUCGACUGCACGGCUCAGCACCCGGAUAGUCGGCCGACAAUGAAUGUUGUGAGUGGGAAGAUUGAGGAGCUGUGUAGGAUGAGUUUGAGGGAAGAUGAUGAGAGUGGUGAUGAUAUUAUUGUGGGUGUGGAUGAUGAGGAAGGCAAGGGUUUUGGUAUAGGGUCAUCACCAAUUUAG